AUGACAGAAAAUCAAAAGGCAGUGGUGCUCGAGGCCAAGGGCCGUAUUUCAAUUGAGGACAGACCUGUUCCACAAAUUGAGGAUCCACACUACGUGAAAUUACAGAUCAAGAAAACCGGAAUCUGUGGGUCAGACGUUCAUUAUUAUGUUGCAGGAGCCAUAGGCAACUUUGUUGUGAAAAAACCAAUGAUUUUGGGACACGAAUCAAGCGGUAUUGUAACUGAGGUUGGCAAAGCCGUAACGAGCGUAAAAGUGGGUGACAAAGUGGCCAUCGAGCCUGGUAUUCCAAGCAGAUAUUCCGAUGAAACUAAAGCAGGAAACUAUAAUUUAUGUCCGGAAAUGAAGUUCGCUGCGACGCCUCCGUACGACGGCACUUUGGUCAAAUACUACCUGGCACCGGAGGAUUUCGUGGUCAAACUGCCAGAGCAUGUGUCUCUCGAGGAAGGUGCACUGGUAGAGCCCCUUUCGGUUGGAGUACACGCCAACAAGCUUGCCAAAUUGUCUUUCAACCAAAAAGUGGCCGUGUUUGGGGCGGGUCCCGUGGGGCUUCUCACCGGAGCUGUAGCGCGCGCAUUUGGCGCUAGUGAGGUAGUCUUCAUCGACGUUUUCCCUCAUAAACUGAAGCUGUCGUCCAAAUUUGGCGGAACGAAAUUCGUGGAUUCGUCCAAAAUCAAGGACGAGGAGCUUUUGGUCGCAGAAAUCGUGAAGGAAUUGGAUUCGGAGCAGCCUGAGGUUGUUUUUGACUGCUCCGGCGCGGAAGUAUGCAUCAGAGCCGGCAUCAAGGUGUGCAAGACCGGUGGUACCUACGUUCAAGUGGGUGCUGGCAAAGAAGACGUGAAUUUCCCGAUCGCAGCGAUAGGGCCCAAGGAAUUGAAAGUGCUGGGAUGUUUCAGGUACGCCUUUGGCGACUACCGGGACGCGGUCCAGUUGAUUUCCACCGGCGCCGUCGAUGUUAAACCGCUGGUGACACAUCGGUUUAAGUUUGAAGACGCUGUGAAGGCUUACGAAUUUAAUGUUAAAUGCGGUUCCGAAGUGAUCAAAACCAUUAUUGAUGGUCCAGAGUAG